AUGGCGGAGGGAAACGCCGCGUCGCGUUACGUGAAAUUGAGGAAAGAGCAGGCUCCCGUCGAAGAUAUCACCCCCGGCGAGCUCAAUCAGCCCAUAGAUGUUCCUCAGCUGAAUGUUCGCAAGUGCCACGAGUGUAUGCAAGUUCUACCUGAAAGCUAUGAGCCCCCUUCUGAUGAAAACUGGACCACCGGCAUUUUUGGUUGUGCUGAAGAUCCAGAGAGCUGCAGGACUGGUCUCUUUUGCCCGUGUAUACUCUUUGGGCGUAACAUUGAAGCUGUGAGGGAAGAGAUUCCUUGGACGCAACCAUGUGUGUGCCAUGCAGUAUGUGUUGAAGGAGGUAUGGCACUUGCGGCAGUAACCGCACUCUUCAGUGGCUACAUUGAUCCUCAAACAACAGUCGUGAUUUGCGAAGGCCUCUUCUUUGCGUGGUGGAUGUGUGGAAUCUAUUCAGGCUUGUUCCGCCAAGAGCUCCAGAAGAAAUAUCAUCUCAAGAAUGCGCCGUGUGAUCAUUGCAUGGUCCACUGUUGCUUGCAUUGGUGUGCUUUGUGUCAAGAACACAGGGAGAUGAAGAAUCAUCUGUCUGAUGCAGAUGCUUCGUCAUCAACUACUAUGGAUCCUCCUCCAGUUCAAGCGAUGAACACCGAAGAGAAAAAAGACGACUCAUCAUCGUCUUCCUCUUCCUCUCCAUCAUCUGCCAAAAGCCAACACAAUGAUCUCGAAAUGGUCCCUCUAUAG